GACAUUUUCUUAGCAGCAGAAAGUCCUCCGGCCGGAAAGAAAGAGGAUUUGAGGGGCAUUCCAUUCUUCCCAUAUGAUAUGCUAGGAGGUCUUGUCUUACAAGGAACUCAUGCGUGGGUGCGAGAAUGCCAUUACCUUCGAUACGGUCGAUGA